UCCACGGCUAUGAUAAACUAUAUGAACUACAAGAAACAACCGAGACAUGACGAAAACGAGUGGAUAGCAAAAGAUCUCAGGAACAGUAAGAAAUUUCUGGUAGACAACCCUAAUUUGCUAAUCACUAGGGCAGAUAAAGGUAACAAAACCGUUAUUCUCACAUCAGAGGAGUAUGAACGGAAGAUGGCGGACCUCCUGAGCGACAGCACCACAUACAAACAAAUAAAAUCAGACCCCACAACUAAGGUGCUGAAGAAAAUCGGUGUAUUAGUGGAUGGGUGGCGUAACAGCAAAUUCAUCGAUCUUCGUACGCACAGGAAGAUGAAAGCAUCAAGCUGUAACCCACCCCGAAUAUAUGGGUUACCAAAAAUACACAAAGAGAACAGACCACUCCGACCGGUAGUUUCGACCAUUGGAUCCGCAACAUACAAUGUGGCCCAAUUUCUUUCUGGAAUCAUUGGGAAUAUUGUCGGGAAAACGGACUAUCAUGUCAAAAACAGCUUUGAGUUCGCGGAACAAAUAACAGAAACACAGAUCGCUGAGGAUGAAAUGCUGUUCUCUUUGGACGUCACGUCGUUGUACACGAAUAUACCUGUUAGCUUUGCUUUGGAAUGCUUGAACGAUAGAUGGGAGGAGGUAACGAAGCACACAUUUAUCGACCAACACAGUUUCAUGGAGGCCGUUAAGCUUGUGUUGGAAUCAACGUUUUUUGUACACCGAGGCACAGUAUACGCACAAACUUUCGGAGUACCAAUGGGAUCCCCACUUUCACCUGUCAUGGCAAAUCUGGUAAUGGAACGCCUGGAACAACAAUGUUUAGCAUCAUUAGAAGAGAGCCAAAUUCAACUAAAGGUCUACCGCCGAUACGUUGAUGACUGCUUUUGUGUGGCAAGAAAGGAACACAUUCAAGAAAUUUUAGCAUCGUUUAACAGUUUCCACAGUAAACUUCAGUUCGCCAUUGAAGAAGAAGAAAAUGGAAAGCUGAAAUUUCUUGACAUGAUGCUAACAAGAAACCAGAAUCGCAUUGAACGGAUAUGGCUACCUAAACAAUCCGAGGGCAGAUAUCUGGAUUUUAAUUCAGAAAGUCCAUACUCGCAUAAAUGCAACACGGCAAUUGCACUCGUCGAUCGAGCAAUAAAACUCUCCGAUUGCAAAAACCGGCCAGUAGCUAUUAAAACGGCUAAAAACAUUUUGCGAGUAAACCAUUACCCGGAUUGGUUUGUCCACAAAAUUCUGAAGGAACGAGUACACAAACAUUACAACAGCCUUCAAACUGGAAAAGACAAAACAACGGAAGUGACGUACGCGUCAGUUCCGUAUGUCCCGGGCCUCAGCGAAAAAUUGGCGAAAAUUUUCAAAAAACAUAACACAAGACUUGCGUUUAAGCCGAGAGAUAAAAUUAAAAAUCGAAUUUUUACCAAACUGAAGGACCCGAUUCCACCAGGAAAACAGAAGAACGUAGUGUACUCGAUUCCCUGUGGUACAGAUGAUGGUAAGGUAUACAUUGGACAAACGGGGAGGAAACUGGAAACGAGAGUAGCGGAACACAAAAAUGACGCAAAGAAGAAUGAUGCCAGAACGGGACUAUCACAACACACACUACAAGUCGGACACAUCUUCGACUUCGCUAAUACGCAGAUACUUGAGCGAAUAGAAAACCAGGAGAGCAGAACGACGGCCGAAAUGUUCCAUAUCAAAAUGCUGGGGGAAGACAAAACCGUAAACCUCCAGAGAGAAUGCGGAACGUUCUGUACAACGUACGAUGGGCUGGUAACCAAGCUUCGACAGUGUGUGAAUAACGAUGAAAGCAGACAGCCGAACAGGACAAAUCGUUCGUCAGUCGGCAGAAGAUGUGCAUGAAUGGAGUGUGUUUGGAGUGAAUUCAUGCGUCCGACGAUGGCUGAAGCAUAGUAGGCCGAAACGUUACGUAACGACGAAGAAAACUGGUAUCGUUUUUAAUUUCA